AUGGAAAGUGAUAUUAGUGAUCUCAACAAGCAACUUGAUACUUUUUCUGAUCAAAUUAAAAAAGAGUAUACAACUUUUUUUCAGGAGAUUGAAUCUUCUAUCAAAUCACUCAAAACUCAGAUAGCAGAGACAGAACAGCACUUAAGUGAAGCUGUCGAUCGGUGUUGUGAGAGUGGUCUUCCUCCAACAGUUCCCAAAGAAGUCCAAAGUAUGAUGGAGUGCGAGUUAGAGGAAUACACACGCGAGAUUGACAGAGUUUUUAAUGAAGAAAUCAACAAACUUCAAAAAUACCAUAUUCUUUCAACAGACGAUUUUGUUAAGGUCAAACAACCAAACCUUAAUUAUGUGGACAACGGUAUUUCAAGUUACCUUUUCACGCAAGCCAUUGACCACACAGACCAGCUUUGUAAACUUCUUUCGAAGGAUAUAAAAGAUAAUAUUUGUUAA